AUGCAAAUCGCGGGCGUGGAGUCCUGCGACCCCCCUCCCUUCCCCGCUUCCGCGUCGUCGUCGCGUGGGGAUGCCGUGGCGGGGGAUCCGCCGUUUUUGUGGACGCGGCUCCCCCCGCGCGGGGACCCCCCGCCGCCGCUCUGCUGCCACUCCCUCGUGAGCUACCAGGAUCGCUUUCUCGUCUGCUUCGGCGGCGGCAGCGGCGGCGGCGGCGACGGCGGGGGGUUCAAUCGCGUCCACGUCCUCGACCUGGAAACCGGGGGGUGGGUGGAGGUUGCGGCGGGGAAUGCCGCGGUGGUGCGGCCCCGCGUGAGCCACUCCGCCGUGAUUUAUCGCGAUCGCAUGAUCGUCUAUGGCGGGCACGCGCCGGAUGGGCCCGGGUGCUUUCGCGACGUCCUCUCCCUCGAUCUACGGCGUUGGGUGUGGACGCACGUGCAGGAGGCCGCGGGGGAACCUGGGGGGCCCGGGGCCCGCUACCUGCACGCCGCCCACGUGCAUCGCGAUCGGAUGUACGUCUUGAUGGGGCGCCCCACCGCGACGACGGCGAUGUUUUGGUAUCUCGACCUCCUGGAUUAUCGCUGGCGGGAGGUUCGGAUGCCGCCGCCGUCGGCGGCCGGGGGGAUCAAAUUCCCCCUUGUCGGCCACGCCGCGGCGGUGGAAGGGCGGUUUCUCUACGUCUUUGGCGGGUAUUAUCAUAAGGCGAGUUCGCACUACCCGUACGCGCCGGAAUCGUACUCCGGUGGGGUCUAUCGCUACGAUUUUGAAAAGGACCUGUGGUGGCAGCCGUUUCUCGCGCAUCCGGUGCAACCCCCUGGGCGGUAUGCCUGCGCGAUGGCGGUGAAGGCGGGUCGAGUGUUCAUCUUUGGCGGGGAUGCCCAUAAAUGCACGGUGUACUACGACGAUUUUUGGGUCUUGGAUACGACGGUGGCGCAGCCACGAUGGCGGGAGGUGUGGCGAGGGGCCUCCGAUCGUGGCCGGCCUUCGCCACGCAGCGGGGUCGCCUACACCGUCGCCCGGGAUGCCCUCUACAUCCUCGGUGGGGAGAUCCCUUCGGGGGAUUCGGAGCGGGUUCGCUACACGAAUGAACUUUAUCGAUACCCGUUGGGGUUUUCUACGCAGAUCUCGCUUGCGGAGAACACCGCCCGCUGGUUAUCCACCAUCCCUCUUCGAAGUGUUACGGCGAGCCUUUACUUUCCGCGCCUACCGCCCUCCGCCCUCCGUCUUCUCGAUGGUUACAUCCCUCGGUAG